UGUAAAUAUGAUUGAAUACGAGGGUAGGGUUUGUAAGAUAAUUGCCAAAAGCUAAUCGUCGUCGUCGCUUCAUGUAUUCUUCGAGUCCGCUGGUCGGCGUCGUGAUCUACAGCAGAAUAACAACUCAAUAGAGAGCAAAAAUGGCAUCAAGGGGAUUAACAGCGGAAGCCUUGACAGCUUACAGAGGGCUGCUGAGAGCGACUCGGAAAUCAUUCGCCGGAGACACCGUGAUGCUCGAGGGGUCGGCGGCCGAGGUGAGGAAGAAAUUUGAGGAGAACCGUCACUUGACCGCCGAACCGGAGAUUCGGAAACUCCUCGACGAGGCACGCGAAGCCUCUGAUUUCAUAUCUAACAUGAUUGUUCAGGCCAAACUCAAUUCCCGAGGCGGCUACGAAGUGAAGCCAAGCAAGGAUCAUGCAGGAGCAACACUCGAAGUCCCUUCUGAAGAAAUUCUUAAAAAUUCUGUCUGAUGAAGAACUAGAAAAGCUAGCGAUUAAUUGUUGAUCUAUUUUCCCUAAUUAUACUGAGAGCUCAUAUAUAUUCUUGAUUAUGUAAUUCAUCAUAAUUAUGAGAUUUUCUCAUCAUAUAAAGUAUAAACUUCUUACCUUCUCUCUACUUUUCCAAUCUGCACUCUUUGGAUUCGAUCCUCAUUUAAUGCUUUAUAUCUGCUUUCUUGUGAAAAGAUCUACUGUAUCGAUUUUGAUGGUGUGCUAAGUGCUAACUUUAUGUUCUUCACUGAUCACAGG